AACAUUUCACUAUAAUCCAUUAAAAGCAUUGACAUAGAGCUUAGAAAGGAGCAAGCAUGCCUUGCUUUACGGCCUCUAAUUUACGUCUUGUCCGAGACCAUAUGGAAAAUACUGGGAGGAGGCGCGCUAAAACCUCCACAACACACCGCUCGCAUGUAAGCAACACCAGCCUGGUCGCAGCUACCACGGUGGAAUUAAAUGAAUCUGUAAAGGCGGCCAUUGUUGCGCACAACAACAAGAAGCUGACCAAAGAAUGCACUGAGUUUCUCAAAGUCAUGGGCUACACGCCGCAAACGCUCCACAGACGACCAGGAUCUAAAAAGGAGAAAUUGAAUAAGAAUCAAGCAAUGUUGACUCAGAAGGAGCUGGAGCGCCUGAAGAAUUCAUCGAAGGUAGUUACACUUGAAGAUCGACUGGAAGUGCUGAGAAAACAAGAGGAGGAACGCAAUCGCAUGGAAAGGGAGACCGAGGAGUUGCGUUUACGCUACAAGAAAAUUGAUGAUGCGCGGCAGAAGGCGCUGGAGGAAAAUGCUGAGAAGGAAGAUCUCUUCGGGGCUGGUGAGAAAGUUAAAGUUCUAGAGCGUGCUUUUCUUGCCAGACACGAGCAGGAGGAGGAGGUGCGUCGCGUCAAUCGCAUCAUAUUGAAUGCCAAGUGUCAGGCGGUGCGCGAUGCGCAGAUACAGGAAAAGGAAGAUUUCCAACGAGAAUUGCGCGACGAAGAGAUACGUAUGGAUCGCAUGGUACUGGAACGUGCCACCGACGCGCUCAAAAAGGAGGACGCCAAUGAAGAGAAGAAAAAAGAGGAGAAACUGAAGUAUGCCUGUGAGAUACGCAACCAGUUGCAUGAGCGCGAAAAUUUACGCUUUCUGGAAGCGGAGCGCUUGGAGGAAGAAGCGAAGCGUAUACGCAAAGCUAACGAACUCACACGUGUCGAGGAUGAACGCCAAGCAAAGCUGCAGCGCGAACGUAAGCUGAAGUUCCGCGAGGAGUUGAAUCGCAUCACUGAGAUGGCAGCACUUUUCCGCAAGAUGCUGUGCGAACAGGAGCGCGAGGCUGAUAUGCGCGCGGCCGCCUAUAUGCGUGAGAAGCAGAAGAAGGAGCGCGAACUGGCUUUGGAAAAGAAGGUGGCACUCGAGGCGGCCGAAAGUAAGCGGCAGCGUAUAUUUAUAUUGGCGCAAAAGGUGUUGGAGUCAAAGACAGCUAGCGAAGAGCUGAGCUAUAUGCGCGAACAGGAGCGCAUCGAACGUGAGUAUCGGCGCAAAGAAAAGGAGGCAGCGUUGCGUAAGAAACAAAUCGAAAAGGAAUUGGCCGAAGCACGUGAGCGGCAAUUGCGCGAAACAAAACACAGGCAAGCGUUGCAGAUAGCGCGCGCCGAAAAAGACUUUGACCACUUAAUGGCGCAAGUAAAACAGUAUGAAGAGAAGCAGAAACAGCAGGAAGCGCAGCGCGAGCGUCAAAAUGAGUGCUAUCGCCAGGCUAUCAUAAAGCAAAUGACCGAGAAAGAGUUGGAGCGUCGCCGCUUGCUCGAUUUGGAUCGCGCACAAGCUUUAGAUUGGCGUGAGGGCGAACGCCAACGUGAUCGCAAUAUACGCGCUGUGAUCGAUGCAAAGUUGGCGGCAAUGCGGGAUGCCUGCUUGCCGGAGAAGUACAUAAAGGAAGUGGAAAUGCAAUUGGCGAAAAUCAAGGGACAAAAAACUUUACUCACUAAAACCAAAUGA